AUUAAAAAUAAAAAAAAUUGUGAUUGAAGAAAGAAAAACUUUUCAACACAAUUUUCAAUUCAAAUUGUCAAUUGUCAUGUCGAACAGCAAAUUAUCUCAAAGUUCUUUUGCUUUUUCGCUGCUUAUCGUCUCAUGCAAUUAGUGCAUUGUUUGUAUUCGAGUAACCUUCAUCUCACGUCUAGAAAAUGCCUCCUAUAAAUCUUUUAAAUCUGCGGAGUUAGUACGUGGUACUUCAGUGAUAAGUUUGCUUUUGUGAUUGUUUUAAAAUAAACACUACAAUAGCCAUGGCGAAUACAACAGAUUGCAAUAUGAAUCGCGAAACGCAGCAGAAAUCUCAAAACCAAUCGAACUUUGAAAGUCUCGAUAAAACUGCUGUUAGCACUUUAAAGCGUAAUCCAAAAAUCGAGUUCUGUAAAACAGAUUUACUCAAGUUACUCACCUACCUUGAAGGAGAAUUACAAGCCAGAGAUAUAGUUAUAGCUACGCUUAAAUCUGAAAAAAUUAAACAAUAUCUGGUGCAGAAUAGACAUCACUCAUUAAACGAUAAUAAUGAACCCUUGGCAGCUUUACAACGGGAUAGCUUCGCAGUUAUUGACCAUAAUAGAGAUAGCUCGGAAAUGUAUUUACUGGUUAAUCAGCAGCUAAAUUCGCUGGAAAAUUUAGUUACGCAACAAAGAAGAUCUCAAGCUCGAGUAGCCAGAGUUUUAAAAGAGGCUGAAAUCAGGCAUAGAAAAGAAAUGGAAAUUGAAAUUCAAAAUAGGAAAAGGUUCGAGAAAGAGUAUCUAAAGUUGAACGAAAUCCUCGAAGCUGAAAGAAAUCGUCAGAAACAAAUCGUUUUAUUUUUAUUAGCCGAACGAAAGAAAAUUAUAAUGAAAUAUGUCGAAGAACGAAAACGCUCUGAAGACUUAGCUCAAAUAUUGGCCGAAGAAAAAGGUCGUGUUGACGCUAUGGCUGAAGGCUUAGAAGAAGAGAGUAAAAAAUCAUUACAAAUGGAAGCCGAACUAGAGAAACAGCUAGCUCAGUUUUUCGUUGAAACGCAGCAGUUAAAAAUGAAUUUAUCUAAACAAGAAAAAAGAUCUAAAGAAUUAGAAGGUGAAUUAGAAAGAAGUGAAAAAGAGAAUAUACUGUUACGACAACAAUUAACUGAUUUAAAGCUACAACACGAUAGAAAUUCUACACCUAAUCCAAUAUCUACGUCGAUAGAUGGAACUGAUGGUAGUUCAUCCGGUGUACCUACAGCGUCGUCGGCUGGUUUGCACAGCGUCACUCCUAUGAUGACCAGUAUUGCUAAAGUUGUCCAACCAACUGCUACUGUAUCCAGUGUACCAGUUUCCGGACCGAUGACUGGUAUAGCGAGAUCAGUAAGCCCAGGUCAUCACGUACGUUACGUAAUGUACUCCCCGAUGGCCCCAAAUACGCCACCGUCUGUCGGUGGUAAAGUAGUUGACUCGAGUCAAUACGCUUCUCCACCUCCACAAGAAGAACGUCGUGUCCCUCCAGCAGCUCCGGUACGUUCAGCUACCAUUAACAACUCACCUCAUCCGAAACUAAGCGCCAGUCCGAUAGUUAAAAAUCACAGCGGAGGCGUUGUCGGUGAAAUGACUGUUGGUACAGUAGCCCGGAAACCGAUACCUCUAGGGCGAGGUGUACCUCCGCCUGUACCACCAAAUAAACCCAUAAUACCGCCCAAAAAAGACGGUAUAUUGAAUCGCAAACUCGAGGUUGUCUGUAGUGAUAACAAUACGACUGGCGAUGGUAAAAGCCAACCUCGUGGCCCUCCUGUUUUACCUAAUUCUGUAAAGGUAAAAUUACCAACCUCUGAAAAGCAAAACGAAGACGAGGUUAAAAUCGAUUCGGUCACCGAAACCCCCGGAUAAAAAGUUCCUGUUUUAGUCAAAAAAAAAAAAUUAAAAAAAUACGAUUAUACUUAAUAUUUAUUUAAUCUAUUAUAUUAUAUACCUACGCGUAUCAUCGUAUUCCUUUCCCCCCUUUUUUUUUGUCUUCUAAGCUAUAGGCCAAGCUACUUAGGUGUUAGCUAAGCAAUAUUUGACAAAAAAGCUCGACUUUUAUCUUUGUUUUUUUGUUUUAAUUUUAAAUUUAUCUUAUUUGAACGCAGCUACGUUGGCUGGAAUCGGUACCAAGACUGACUAACAACGCCAAAAUUUCCCCCCUACAGAGAGAAUUUUUCAGACCUUUGUCUGUGAUAAUUUUUAUUCGCGUGUUAUUCUAUCCUGGUUUGAUUCUACAUCGGAGAUGUAUGUAUCGGUAUUGUAUACCCCGAAAAUAAUAUUACGACCACGUAUAUCUUCCAACGUGGACCGAAGAUUUAUGUGUAAAUUUUGGUGUUGUUUGUAAAGGUAUUUCUUUCUUUUCCUAAGAAGUUUGACUUUUUCCCCUCUUUUUAUUUAUGUGUAUAUUUUUUUUUUUUUAGAAGGUUAAUUACCAUGUUGCUAUUUAUAUAAGAGACUGCUUUUCUCGUAGAAUUUAUACUUGGUGAGGAUCUGAUUGCCCCGGAGAAUGUAUUUACCGUCCAGUCUCCUGUUUUGACUCGAAUACGUAUUUGUUUUGUUUUUGUAAAUGUAAAUGUCACCAUAUACGUAUCAAAGUAUUAUUUAUUUCGUAUCUUUUUUGUUUUUUUUUUCUCUCGACAUAAUAUACAUAUACGUAAUAUACAUAAUAUAAAAAAACGACGUGUUAUUGUUAAGUUUAUGGGAAAAAAGCUCCUGUAUGCGCUGUGUGCUUCUAAGCUAUUAAUACUCAUUUAAUCAAAGUCAAAUUUCGUCUCGUGUAUUUUUUUCCCUUUUCCUUUCCAUUUCUCUUUUUUAUGUAUAUUUAAAGAAAUGCGUGCUAGAAGGUCGUGUCCCUCUAUACGAAGGUUUGUUUAUAUUUUUCUCCCUUUUAUUUGAUUUUUGUCUGUCGUUACGUGUAUAUUUUCCAAGCGAAGUUGACUAGUAUGUAUAAAAUUUACCUACUACUAAGUUCAUGAAAAUAUUAUAUUGUUAUUUAUUUUACAGUAUUAGAAACAUUUUUUUUUUUUAAUUUAUAUGAAAAUAUCAUACCAAAUUGUUUUUUCGUAGUUCAUUGCUUCGUGUGUAAUAAAUUUCGAUAUCAGAUGAACUUUCGUAUAGUGAAA